ACUAUGUAGCAGGGUUCUCGCAUAGAGAGUCGUGACGCCACGGCUUUUCUUAACAGGAAGCAACUUUAUUCCUGCCUGCACUGCUCAGUUGGGCUCGUACCCGAAGAGCUGAGCUCCGAAUGCCACCCGGUGAGUUGCUCUAUACAGAAGUCUUGUGAGAGCACUGUGCUGCAAGGUGAUGAUUAUACAAAGAGUGGUAUUGAAUUCCCGACCUGGAAAAAAUGGUAAUCCAGUGGCAGAAAAUUUCCGAAUAGAAGAAGUAAAUUUACCAAAUAAUAUCAAUGAAGGACAAGUACAAGUGAGAACUCUUUAUCUUUCUGUGGAUCCUUACAUGACUCUGGGCCAUGCUCUCCUGUUGCUAUUUUUUCUUCCUAACUCUGGUGCUUCCCCCUGUGGCCCUGUGUGGUAUGGUGUGCUCCUCCUCUUGGGACUUCGUUGCAGAAUGAAUGAAGACACUGGCAGUGAUUAUAUAACACCUUGGCAGCUGUCUCAAGUGGUUGAUGGUGGAGGUAUUGGGAUUGUAGAAGAAAGCAAACACGUACAUUUUACUAAAGGCGAUUUUGUGACUUCUUUCUAUUGGCCCUGGCAAACCAAGGCUAUUCUGAAUGGAAACAGCCUUGAGAAGGUAGACCCACAACUUGCAAAUGGACACCUUUCAUACUUUCUUGGAGCUAUAGGUAUGCCUGGUUUGACUUCCUUGAUUGGGAUACAGGAGAAAGGUCAUAUAACUGCUGGAUCUAAUCAGACAAUGGUUGUUAGUGGGGCUGCUGGUGCUUGUGGAUCCUUGGCUGGGCAGAUUGGCCAUUUGAUGGGCUGUUCCAGAGUGGUGGGAAUUUGUGGAACACAGGAGAAGUGCCACCUUCUGACCUCAGAACUGGGCUUUGAUGCUGCAAUUAAUUAUAAAAAGGGGAAUGUGGCAGAACAGCUCCGUGAAUUUUGUCCAGCUGGAGUGGAUGUUUACUUUGACAAUGUUGGUGGUGACAUCAGUGAUACAGUGAUAAGUCAGAUGAAUCAGAACAGCCAUAUCAUCCUGUGUGGUCAGAUUUCUCAGUACAACAAAGAUGUGCCUUAUCCUCCUCCACUACCCCCUGCUGUAGAAGCAAUCCAAAAAGAAAGAAACAUCACAAGAGAAAGAUUUCUGGUGUUAAACUAUAAGGACAAAUUUGAGUCUGGCAUUCUACAGCUGAGUCAGUGGUUUAAAGAAGGAAAGCUAAAGAUUAAAGAGACUGUGGUAAAUGGAUUGGAAAACAUGGGAGUUGCAUUCCAGUCCAUGAUGACAGGAGGUAACAUCGGAAAGCAGAUAGUUUGCAUUUCAGAAGAAACCUCUUUGUAAUAUGUAUAAGCAUCUUCAUCAAGGAAAUACACAGAUUUCUUUCCAUUUUACUCAAAGAUUUUUAAGAUAUUUCAUUAAAAAAAUCUUAGACUACA